AGAAUGGGUUUAUUUUAUAUCCGGUCAUAAUAUUCUUUUUAGUGAACGGUUAAACGUUCAAAGUAUCGCUACGCUUAGUAGUUAAGAUAUUAAUUACUUUCAGUAAAAAGUAAAACCGCUAGUUGUAAAUAUUAUGCUCACCACGGCCUUAAUCUCGAAUUCUUAUAAAAACCACACUACUUAAGUAUAAAUACAGUAGAAAUAAACAUCUCAAGAAUCUACAUUAUUAUUAUGACUACUAAUUUGUUUUGGGUACGAUGCUAACAAUAACGAACAUCUGUUUAAAAUUUCUAAACUAUAAUUACGCAAUAAUUGUUGUACUGCCAAAAAAUAGUACGCCACCCAUCGUUAUCUCACAGUUAUCAUUCGUAGAAAUUGAAACAAGAAUGAAAGUACAGAUGGUUUCUCAUGUCAAUAAACAUGUCAACAAACUUGGUCGCAUCGCGUAGCUAGCGAAGUGAUUUCGAAAUACAUAUUGUUUGACACAUUUUAACGUUUAUUUCAGUUACGGGCCUACAACCAUAAAGUUCAUUUUAUUAUGUCAUAAAAAAAACAAUAAAUCGAGUUACAAUGACCGUGCAGAGUUCAAAAAUUGUUCGCUGUUCUGUUAAACGAUUUUCGAAGGCGCUAAAAACAUUUACGAUGUAUCUACGCAUUUGUUUAUAAUUAGCUACGCCUUGUAGCGGAGUCAAUGUUCCAGCGCCAGACAGCAUGUCGCCGCUGCUAACGUGCCGAUUUUAUCGUCAUACCGCGGGCUAUGACGAAAACGAAGGACUUCUAAUGACUCAUUCAUUCAUACGCCUAGACGGAAAGGUAUCAACAGUUAUGAAUUAAUAGGUGUUAUCAGAUAUUUUCGGCUGAGUUGUUUUCGGUAACAAAUUCUCUAAAUACAAAAUAUGGACCGCAUAUUGAUGCACUACUGUCUAACCUAGCGGUGCGGCUUAAUUGUUUGGUAAAAUUAUAGGUCACAAUGAGGCCCAAAGUCACUGCGUUGGUUAAAUAAACGUGAAAAAAUACGAGGUUCAUGCUCUUGUUAGAGAAAACUAUGAAUUGUUUUGCAAGAGCAUGUAAACAUUUUUGUUACGAUCUAUAACAAACCGUAGUUUAUUUUCAUAUGAGUCCAACAAAAUUACGCAGUCGAGUGUAGUAGCUGAUUCUCUACGUAGGAAAGGUACGUGACCCAAAACUAUAGGGCAAGGAAUCCCUAAACGUGUAAACGUGAUUCACAUACGACAGUAUUAAUAGAUUUUAGAUGAGUUUGAAAAUAUUACAAUAAAUAUUCGACCACGCUUCUUGCAUUCUUCAUUUUACGACGUAUUUUGACAGAAAAACAUCAUCUGUGUUUUGACAAAGUCAUUAUGCGAGAAGUUUAUGUGCUGUGGAUACUGGAAUUGAAUGUUUUCUAUUUUAUUCACUGAAAACGUUUGAUCGUUGAGAACUUUGAACAAAUGAGAGGGUUAGUACAAAUAUAACCUCUAGAAGAAAAAUAUUUCAUGACAUUUAUUUUCCUGGAUUUAUAAUUUAUUCAAAUACCUGUAGAAAGCUAAAUGGCAUUAUUUAGGCCAGCAAUAUUACCAUACAGCAGCAGUGACGCAGAAGUGCUUGUGCGUAAGUACUAUAAAAAGUUGUCAGGAAUUUUUUAAAUUAAACAAAACUCUGGAAUGUCGCAAUUUAUGUACCUGUCACUGUCACUCAUAAGAUGGAUAUUAAUUGGACUGCUCGAAGCAAAAACAACCCGACGUUAUUUCAGAACGAUCGGAAAAUUAAUAAUAAUCUUAAGAUAAAGCUGGGCUUACACUCGGAAAAAAGAUUGUUAUGAGCAACACUAUACAGUUUUUAGAUUACCCCACUACUCAUCAAGUAUUUAAAUGGUAGUUAGGUUAGGGAUAGACUAUGGCGAUGGCAUCGACAAUGCCACACACAUUCAAGUUUGAUGUUCCUACACGGCAUCCCGAAAGACCUGGCGUGAAUUCCUUAUUGGACCCUAGGUGCAUAUAUAUUUUUUGACGGUCGUAGCCGUUGACAUAGUUUACCUGUAUGCAAUUCCUUAAACCUGUUUCCUUCGUUAGAAUCACACAACUAAUGAAAGCGCAGGGGAUUGAACAAGAUCUUUGUGAUUAAUGACUGAAGUUGUAAUCAUUUGUUUUUGCUGUAAUGACGUACAUUCUCUUGUCAUUGAAACUAAUGAACAGAUAUAGCUGCUUCGUCAAUACCAAGAUGUAUGUAGAUAUAUUAUUGCGACGAAUCGAAGAUUAAAUUUCAUACAUUUUUAUUUAUACUGACCCAGUUUUGGAACUAAAAUUAAACAUUUCCGAUUAUUUAUUCGGUACGCAAAUUGAUUGGAAAAUACUGUUAUGAAAAACGUAUAAACAUUACAUCAGCAUUACAAAUUAAGGAAAAACUUUUGGGUAACUCAUGUUAUUAUUAAAAUCGAUGACCAAAAUAUAAAAUGCUUAUUGUGGUGUAAAGAUAAAGUUAUCAACAGGAUAUUGUGGAGUCGAACUCAUUAAAAAUAUGUGAUAAGACCGUUUUUAUAACACCAGAAAACGUAGAUAAGCUCUCAUUAUAACAGAAGUAAUUGUUGCACUUCCAUUUCUACCUCUUGUUCGGCUUCUACAAGUCGCGUGAUUACAUUUUCUAAUAAUGGCUGUUAACUUAUUUGAACCUUAUAGUGCCAGUGAUUAUUUUGGACGAGCAACUAAUCCAAGAUAUUUAGACUUGAUUGUACAUGAACACUUCAGCAUCAUGAACCUGCCAAUACAAGGAACUUUUGAAAACUUUGAAAAGUAUGAAAACUUACGGAAGAAUCGUGAUGUGCGCAUUCCAUGCUGGGACAGUUCCCGUGUGAUUUUAAAAUCUAAUUGUGAUGUGGACUACAUACACGCUAAUUACGUAAGUGGAUUUGACGGUGAUAAGAAAUUUGUGGCAACGCAAGAACCAACAGCAGAGACGCUUUGUGACUUUUUUACCAUGAUAUGGCAAGAAAACUCUUACAUUGUUGUGAUGUUAACCGAUACUGCACAAAACUCAGAGCCAAUAUGUCCUCAGUAUUGGUCUUCAAACGAAGAUUGUGAUGCGAUCUUGAAAAUAUUUAAAGUCAGUGCAAACAAAGUGACAUUACAUCGCUUUUAUACUGAAAUAACUUUGAACAUUCUUAAUAAAGAGACUGGUGAAUUGCGAAUAAUACAUUUCUUCAAAUACUUCGACUCGCCAUCUCAUGGUGUUCCCAGUAACAUGGCAGGAUUUUUAGAUUUCAUCUUAGCCAUAAAUAAAAGGCAACAGUCUUUAUUAAGGAAGGCAUUGGUCGUCGACCAAAACCUGCCGGGCCCAAUUGUAGUUCACUGCAGCUCAGGUAUCGGAACGGGUACACUUUGCGCCCUAGAUGCUUGCUUAUAUCAACUUGCAAUUACAGUAACGAUUAAUGUACCAGCAGUUGUAUUUAGAAUCAGACAUCAGAGGCAUUCUAGUAUUUUAUCCCCAGAACAAUACGUUUUUAUAAAUAAUGUUUUACUUUAUUUCAUAGCAACUAUGCGAACAAAUAUAUGGUUACUCUUAGAAUUACGUUCUCACUUGUUUCAAAAAGAUUUACAUUUGUUCUUAGUAUAAACAUAAAGCAGAUUACACGGAAGAAAAUUGUGUUUUUCUAAACACAAUACUGUAAUAAAACAUUGUAGUAACGAGUACUCCAAUAUGUAAUAAAGAAUACUACAGAAAUAGUACUGACAUUACUACAGGUGUGGUUAAGGUAAUCCCAAGUUGGAGUUGGCAUUUCUUUACUACAACUUGUAGUAACCUCAACUGCAGCUGCUGUAGUAACAAUUACCGUUUUUUUUUCAUAUAUUUAAUAAGUUGUAACCUAGAAGAUAUUGUCAUUAAGAUAAAACAAUCUACUAAAUGUAAACAUUAAUUAAAAUACAUUCGUCAUACUUGUUUGUUAUGAUUACAUUUAGACAUUUUUAUCAAUAUUCAAGUCACCGCAUGUACAUCAACAGCGCUAACAAUUUAACUACUGUAUAAAUUAAGAAUUGUUUCAUAAUGUUCAUGGUGUAGUAACUUACACCUUAGGUAUAGUAGGACAUAAGCAAGAGUUCAACUUUUACUUAGGUCAAGUAACUUUUUCAAUGAAAAGUUGCAGAUAGCAAUAAACAGAAGCAUUUACGGUAAACUUGACAUCAACUUUCAUAAUAAUAU